UUCUUUUCAGCCACAGCUGAUGUUUAUAGGAAUGAGGGUAAUGAGUCCUUCAAGAAAAGAGAUUUCAUCAAUGCUAUUCACUUUUACACAGAAGGAAUUAAAAUGAACUGCAAUGAGAAAGAACUAAGGGCCAAACUGUACAACAACAGGGCUAUUGCACAUUUUAAACUUGGUAAGAUGAUGAGAGCUUUUAUAUGCAGUUUUUUUUCCUCUUUUGAAGCUUAGAGCUGUCAGUAGUAGUUUUCUGAAAAAGGUAAUAAUGUUCAAUGUAUGCUUAAAAAGAAAAUAAUUCUCCAGAAAAAUACAUGUACCUUACCUUCGCCUCUCAAACAUACAGAGAAGUAAAUUCUUACCCCAGGUAUCAGUGAGCAUCACAAGCUUUUCCUAAAAUUAAUGUAAAGGUGGUAGGUUUGCCAUAUGUACAGCUAAUCAAAGAUAUUUAUUUUAAAAACAGGUAAUCACCAGGAUUCACUGAGGGAUGCAGAAGCAGCCAUUGAGUUAAAUCCAACUUUCCUCAAGGCAAUUGUGAGAGGUUAGAUAUGUUAGCUGUGCUAUAGUAAUAAUAAAAAAGGAAAGUGGCACUCUGGGGUUAAAUGAAGUUAAAUAAAGUAAAACCUUGUCUCAAUUGACCUUAAUUAAGAGGUUCAUGGAGACCACCCUGAUGUACAUUUGUAUCCAGCUCUUGGCUGCUGUGUGAUGACUUUCUACUAUGAUGAGAAUGUUAUUUUGAGUUGGAUGAAGAACUCAUUGCUAAAUGCAGAGAAAAUUUCAGCAUGAGUAUUUUAGUUUCCUUUGGCUCAAUGAGUUAGGUAGUGGUGUCGGAUAUGUUGAGUCACUAUCUAGCUCUUUUGAAAAGAAGUUAGGACUUAACUUAACUCAAAGCUGUAACAAAAUUUUUCUCAUUCAUCAAGUACAAGUCAACUUCAAGUGCUAUAAUACAUGUAGUAAUAAUGUAACUAAAGAGACAGCAUGGGUAAAUCUUAUUAUUGGUGAACUUCAAACCUUAGUUUGAGUCACUUCCUAGGAAUCAAUUAUCAACUGAUUGAGUAAAUCAAAUAUGUUAACUCAAACUAAUUGGAGACUAAUUUUAUAUCAAAUCAUAUUUUUUAUUUUGUACUUUGAUUGAAGUUGAAGUUUAACCCAGUGCUAAAAAGAUUAACUGAAAAAUGUACCAUAAUGAUUACAAAAAUGAACAAAAAGGGAUUUCAUUUUUUGGUUUUUGCAUUGCAUGUCUUUUAUACUAUCCAUAUCACCUAGUGAAUUUGUGCAAACUGUCAGUCCCAAUUUAAAUGUUCUUAAAAGUUUCAAUUAUCAAAAACUAAACUUACUGAAACCUAAGAAGGCCUGUUUAUUCAUUUUCUUUUAGUGAAUUUGUUUUGUUUUGUUUUCUGGUCUGUAAUGAUUUAGCUCUCAAUGGUUUCUGGUUUUUUUCUUGGAAUUGAGCUACAGUAAUUAGAUGCUUCUUUGUGUUGUUGCCUACAGGAGCCACUGCCUGUGUUGAACUGAAGAGAUUUGAAGAAGCAAUCUCUUGGUGUGAUAAGGGAUUAGCUGUAUCCUUUCAAGGAAUCUAUAAUUUUUAACUGUGGGUAUAAUGGAAAUACUCCAUAAUUUGAGGUCUUAAGGGAGAAAAUGAAGUGUAUUAAUUACGAUGGAAACUUGUCAUUGAGUGUGUGUGAUUUAAAACUGUGGGAAAAGUUAAUACCUCAUAACUUCAUAAUGAUAUACUCUUUUUAGCCGUGACUUAGUCACCCAUGCCACAACUGGUUCAUUAGUUUAGUUAAAAGACUAACAUUCAUCCAAAUUUAUACAUGGUAGAUGGGUGGAUGAUCUUUAAAACAAGUCAGAAAAAGAAGCUUGGUAAUGUUUUUAUUUAUGUUUAUUUUCUGCCUUUAAAUUUUUUUCCACCACUCAGAGACUCAGAAACGUUCGUCGCGUUUUCUUAUGCACAAAAACAACAUUUAGAGGCGCAUAUUUGUGUUGUAGACUCAUUUCUUCUACUGGAAAACAUUCGUCUGAUGUUAAAGCUAUCUUAAUUUAAAAAUCGAGCAAGUGCUUCCCAGGUUUUGGAAACAAGGGAUUAUAUCAAGAUAUUUUGCUUUAAAAUUUGAGGUUGCACACGGAAAAAAAACUUUUUGUGAUGUGUAGAUUUUGCAUCAUAACUGAUUUUAAAACUGAAUGUUGAUUAAACAUCUACUUUUCAUGCAAGUCCUCCUAAUAGGCCAUUUUACAUUUGUGUACUGAGUUGCCAAGCCUUUGAUUUGGAGUGAUGCUGACGUUUUUCACUUUGUUGUGAUAGAGACCAGUAUCUAGUGAGCAUAAUAACAAAGUAAUUUGUAUUUGAAAAUCAGCAAUGUUGUAUCAUAACAAGGUCACCCUUAGCCACACUCCUGUUCAAAGGCUUGGGAACCAAGCACGCAACCGUAAAAAUGAACUAUUAUAUACCAAUGUGAUCAAGAAAAUAAUCUUUUUUUCCCACAGUUUAAAACCUUGACAUAAAAAAAAAAAUUGACAAAAAUAAUGCAAUUUUGUCGUCAUUAAGGCUUCAGUCUGUCAGAGAAAUGGAAGAUAAUUCCGAGGAGGAAAAAGAUCAUAUUAGCUAUGACCAUGGUGGUGCAAGUUCAGGUGAUGUCAUGAAAGUCAUAGACUUCUAUAAUCGAGGAGACAAGCAUGGAGAGGGUAACAGUUAUGGCAAUCUUGGCGAUGCUUAUUACAGGCUGGGUGAUUUCGAAAAAGCCAAAGAGUACCACAACCUACAUCUUCAAAUAGCUAAAGAAGUGGGAGACAAGCAUGGGGAGGGUAACGCUCAUGGUAAUCUUGGCAAUGUAUAUUACAAGCUGGGUGAUUUCGAAAAAGCCAUAGAGUACCACAACCUACAUCUUCAAAUAGCUAAAGAAGUGGGAGACAAGCAUGGGGAGGGUAACGCUCAUGGUAAUCUUGGCAAUGUAUAUUACAGUCUGGGUGAUUUCAAAAAAGCCAUAGAGCACUACAACCUACAUCUUAAAAUAGCUAAAGAAGAUGGGGACAAGCAGAGGGAGGGUAACGCCUAUGGUAGCCUUGGCAAUGUGUAUCACAGUCUAGGUGAUUUAAAAAAAGCCAUUAAGUACCACAACCUAUAUCUUCAAAUAGCUAAAGAAGUGGGAGACAAGCAUGGGGAGGGUAACGCUCAUGGUAAUCUUAGCAAUGUAUAUUACAGGCUGGGUGAUUUUGAAAAAGCCAUAGAGUACCACAACCUACAUCUUCAAAUAGCUAAAGAAGUAGGAGACAAGCAUGGGGAGGGUAACGCUCAUGGUAAUCUUGGCAAUGUAUAUUACAGUCUGGGUGAUUUCAAAAAAGCCAUAGAGCACUACAACCUACAUCUUAAAAUAGCUAAAGAAGAUGGGGACAAGCAGAGGGAGGGUAACGCCUAUGGUAGCCUUGGCAAUGUGUAUCACAGUCUAGGUGAUUUAAAAAAAGCCAUUAAGUACCACAACCUACAUUGUAAAGUAGCAAAAGAAAUAGGAGACAAGCAUGGGGAGGGUAACGCUUAUGGCAAUCUUGGCAAUGCUUAUUACAGGCUAGGUGAUUUCAAAAAAGCCAUAGAGUACCAUAACAUAGAUCUCAGAAUAGCUAAAGAAGUAGGAGACAAGCAUGGGGAGGGUACUACUUAUGGCAAUCUUGGCAGUGCUUAUAGCAGUCUGGGUGAUUUAAAGAAAGCCAUAGAGUACAACAACCUACAUCUUAAAAUAGCUAAAGAAGUAGGAGACAAGCGAGGGGAGGGUGGUGCCUGUGGCAAUCUUGGCAAUGCAUACUACGGGUUGGGUGAUUUCAAAAAAGCCAUAGAGUACCACAACGUACAUCUUAAAGUAGCAAAAGAAGUAAGAGACAAGCAUGGGGAGGGUAACGCUUAUGGUAACCUUGGCAAUACGUAUCGGAGUCUGGGUGAUUUCAAAAAAGCCAUAGAAAAUCAUAACCUACAUCUUAAAAUAGGUAAGGAAGUAGGCGACAAGCAUGGGGAGGGUAAAGCUUAUGGAAAUCUUGGCAAUGUAUAUUGGAGUGUGGGUGAUUUCAAAAAAGCCAUAGAGUACCACAAUCUACAUCUUAAAAUAGCUAAAGAAGUAGGAGACAAGCAUGGGAAGGGUAACGCUUAUGGCAAUCUUGGUAAUGCUUUUUACAGGCUGGGUGAUUUCAAAAAAGCCAUAGAGUACCACAACGUACAUCUUAAAAUAGCGAAAGAAGUAGGAGACAAGCAUGGGGAGAGUAGUACUUAUGGCAAUCUUGGCAGUGCUUAUGACAGUCUAGGUGAUUUCGAAAAAGCCAUAGAGUACCACAACCUUUAUCUUGAAAUAGCUAAAGAAGUAGGAAACAAAAAAGGGGAGGGUGGUGCUUAUGGCAAUCUUGGCAAUGCUUAUUACAGUCUGGGUGAUCUCAAAAAAGCUUUAGAGUACUACAACCUAGAUCUUAAGAUAGCUAAAGAAUUAGGAGACAAGCAAGGGGAGGGUGGUGCCUAUGGUAAUCUUGGGAAUGUGUAUCGAACUCUGGGAGAUUUAAUCAAGGCCAACAAGUCAUACAAGCUAAUGCUCAAAAUUGCCGAAGAGGUCGAAGACAAAUCCUUGGAGGCAACGGCCUACUAUUCAUUAGGAUGCGUUUUUGAGUUGCUGGGUCGACUGCCAAAAGCUGUUGAACAUUACCAAGCUAGCAUAACCUUAUACAAUUCCUUGAGAGUACUUCUAGAAUCUAAAGAUGAAUGGAAAGUUAACUUUCGAAAUCAGUAUCAAAUGGCGUAUACGGGUUUGUGGAGAGUUCUCGUAGAACAAGGUAAUAUAGAUGAAGCGUUAUUUGCUGCUGAGAAAGGACGAGCUCAGGCUCUGACCGACCUCAUGGAAUCCCGUUUUUGUUGUGGAACAAGUCAGCGCAAGGGAGGUGAUGAAGAUUUGGCCGUGUUAAAAAACGUUCCAUCAAACACUGUCUUUCAGGCAGUGGUCAGAGCUAACGUCAGUCUUUGGGUUGUGACCGAAAGAAAACAUGUUCAGUUAAGACAAAGUAAGCUCAAUGGUUCUAUUUCAGAUAAUAGUGGAGCCAGACAGUCCUUUGAGUCGUUCAUGCACGAUGUCUAUACACAACUUGGUGUUCGUUCAAAUGUGAAAUGCGAGAAUCGGUCUUUGGAUGCUUUAAGGGAGAGCCGUUCAAAAGUUAAUGAGAAAACUGAAGAAGACAACCCUCAGCCUUCCAUUCAACAAAACGAAUGCUUGAGCACUUUGUAUGAUGCCGUUAUGAAGCCGGUGGCUGACCUGGUUGAAGGGGAUGAGCUACUCAUUAUUCCCGAUGGACCCCUGUGGCUCGUUCCUUACGCCGCAUUCAAGGAUGGUAAUUCUAAAUACCUGUGUGAAUCGUUCAGAAUUCGACUCGCUCCAUCGUUAACAAGUCUUAGACUCAUUGCUGAUUGCCCAGAUGAUUAUCACAAAAGCAGUGGUGCGUUACUUGUAGGAGAUCCGUGGGUAGCCGAGGUUACUAACAGCAAGAGAGAGAUACUCCUCGAGCAGCUUCCUUGUGCUAAAGAAGAAGUAGAAAUGAUCGGAAAAAUUCUGAAUAUCACGCCAAUCACGGGAAGACAGGCCACCAAACGUGAGGUGUUGAAAAGACUCAGUUCCGUUUCCUUAGUUCACUUUGCGGCACACGGAUGUAUGGAAACUGGCCAAAUUGCUCUUACACCUGAACCAGACCGAAGAUCUACUGUGCCAACGGAGGAGGAUUACAUUUUAACAAUUGGAGAUGUGUUGAAUGUUCAACUUCGUGCCAAACUUGUUGUGCUUAGUUGCUGCCAUAGUGGUCGGGGCGAGAUCAAGGCUGAAGGUGUGGUUGGCAUUGCACGCGCUUUUAUGGGGGCUGGUGCUCGGUCUGUUGUGGUGUCCCUGUGGGCGAUUGAUGACGAGGCUACUCUCGAGUUCAUGAAAUGCUUUUAUCAAUACCUUGCAGAAGGUAAACCUGCAAGCGAGUCACUGAACCUGGCAAUGAAAAGCCUUAGAGAAUCAGACGAGUUCCGCGACAUCAAAUACUGGGCGCCCUUUUUACUGAUUGGAGAUGACGUUAGUCUUGAUUUCAUGGCAUAG